AAAUACCUUGAUUUCUUUUGAAGCCUCUCUUUGAAUUUUUCCCCUAAACCCCUUUUCCUUCUCUUUCCAUAAUUAUUAGCCAACUGAAAUACUCUUCUAUAGUUUUUCCAUUCAAAUUGGUCUCAAUUUUCUUUCUACUCAAUGGAGGGCAGAACAAGCUCUGAACUCCCACCUGGUUUCAGAUUUCACCCCACUGAUGAGGAACUAAUUGUGUACUACCUUUGUAACCAAGCUACAUCAAAGCCAUGCCCUGCAUCUAUCAUCCCAGAAGUGGAUAUCUAUAAAUUUGAUCCAUGGGAACUACCUGAUAAAACAGACUUCGGAGAAAAUGAAUGGUAUUUCUUUAGCCCAAGAGAGAGGAAGUAUCCUAAUGGGGUGAGGCCUAAUAGAGCAACCGUGUCUGGGUAUUGGAAGGCUACUGGCACAGACAAAUCAAUCUAUAGUGGUUCUAAGCAUAUUGGGGUGAAGAAAGCAUUGGUUUUUUACAAGGGUAGGCCACCAAAGGGUCUUAAGACAGAUUGGAUUAUGCAUGAGUAUCGAUUAAUUGGAUCAAGGAGACAAGUUACUAGGCAAAUUGGAUCCACCAGACUGGAUGACUGGGUCUUGUGUAGGAUCUAUAAGAAGAAGAACAUGGGAAAAUCAUUGGAGGCAAAAGAGGACUACCCAACGACCCAAAUGAACUUGACAGUACCAAAUGGUGAUGAAAAUGAACAUGAAGUGAAAUUUCCAAGGACUUGUUCCCUUACUCAUCUUUUGGAUAUGGAUUACUUGGGUCCAAUAUCACAGAUAUUAUAUGAUGGCUCAUAUAAUUCAACCUUCGAUUUUCAAAUUAACACUGCCAAUGGUGGAAUGGACCCUUUUGUAAAACCACAACCAAUGAUUGAAAUGCCUAAUAAUCCUUAUGCAGCAGAUUCAGGGAAGUACCAAGUGAAACAGAAUACCGCUAUCAACCCCACCAUAUUUGUGAACCAUGUGUAUGAUCAGAGAGGAUAAUACCAAUAAAAAAAAAAUAAAAAAAUUGGAUUGUUUAGGCAUGACGAUAAGCGUCACCAAUAAAAUAAUCCUGAAGAUUCUUUGUAGAAAUAUAAAUUACAUCACCCUAUGAAUUUUCAAUGGUAUCCAAUCAAGCUUGUACAGAAAUCGUUGGUAACACUUUUUCAACACUUUAUAUAAUUGUUCAAAAUUCCAUACCAGUCUUUAUCUUUAUAUACAAUUUAACGCAAUAAUAAAAAGACUAACAGGAAGAAAGAAAGUGCUAGAAAAUUUUUAUCGUUAACAUUUAUCUUUAUCUUUAUACAUAUAAAAGUACAUGCUUAUUGAUUUCUAAUAUAAACUCAAAUAUAGAAUUACAUUCCUUAUUCAGGUACAAUUCAAACCUAAGGCUUAGAUCAUGCUUUGGUAGCAUUUGAAGCCAAAUACGGUUUAGCCACCCGUUUCCAUCGUGUACAUCAUCAUAAUGAUUAUUUAUUUUGACCAAGGUUACUAUUGGCAAAUUCUGUACUGUGAGUCAAUAAUUGAAGCAUAAAUGAGUUUCCAAAUAUGAUGUUAAUUUGAUUCGUGAUUGGUGGUAGCUUGUGUUGCUUAUCCAAAACGAUAACGGCGCAAUUGAUAAAAAUGGAAAUGACGUGUUGAGAAGGUUGGCAUGUGCAUGCGCAAUAUAUAAUAAGAUGUGGCUCAGAAUCACACGUUUUAUAUUUUAAGUACAAAUCCUUGUAUUUGCUUCGUCAGGAAAGUGCUUGUUAAUAUAAAUAAGUUGAAAUUAGACAAAUUAAUCAUUUGAAUGAGUCGUAUAUAUUAAUAUACACUUUUAAUUUGGUUGAAUGCUUGCAUUCCGGGGAUGGUAGGUCGUCUAGGACACGAAAUGGAUGAGAUGAAGCUUUUCAUUCGACUUGUAAAUCCAUUAGCACUUCAAGAUUGUGACAUAAUAUUGUUAAUUAAUAAAUAAAAUUAAUUUUCAAUCCAUACUAUGAACUUUAGAUUUUUAU